UGCAAGUCUCCAGACCGCUUGGAGCCUGGGCUGCUCAAUGGGUCCGAUAAUCCCGGGUCCCCUCCGCAGCCAGCGAAGGGAUGUCCCAGAGCACACCUCGGCAGGGCUGGGGGUCCGGGUGACCUGCGCCUGGAGGCGCGCCGUAUUGUUAGGGUGAUGAGGCCAGGUGACCCACCAGGCUCGGGGCGCGGGCGCGGGCGCGGGGGCCGGCCGUGGCGAUUGCCCGCGCCGCCUCGAGGGGGCCCUGCAGCUGGCGCCGGCCGCCAGCCAGGAGGACGGGCCCGCCCGCGCGCUACUCGGAGCCCAGCCUCGCUGCGGCCAUCGCCCCGCCGGACCGCGCCGCAGGCUCCCCCAGCCAGAAGAAUUAACCUCAAGUCUGCACACUUUUAAGAACAAGGCCUUUAAAAAAUCCAAAGUGUGUGGAGUUUGCAAACAAAUUAUUGACGGUCAAGGUAUUUCAUGCCGAGCCUGCAAGUAUUCCUGCCACAAGAAAUGUGAAGCCAAGGUGGUGAUUCCCUGCGGUGUGCAAGCCCAACUGGAACAGGCUCCAGGGAGUUCCACGCUGUCCAGUUCUCUGUGCUGUGAUAAACCUCUGGGGCCUGUCAUCCUGAGCCCCAUCAUGGAGGGGGGCCAUGGGCUGGACCUCACCUACAUCACGGAGCGCAUCAUCGCCGUGUCCUUCCCUGCUGGCUGCUCCGAGGAGUCCUACCUGCACAACCUUCAGGAGGUCACACGCAUGCUCAAGUCCAAGCAUGGGGACAACUACCUGGUGUUAAACCUUUCAGAAAAGAGAUAUGACCUUACGAAGCUUAACCCAAAGAUCAUGGAUGUGGGCUGGCCAGAACUCCACGCACCGCCCCUGGAUAAGAUGUGUACCAUAUGCAAGGCGCAGGAGUCUUGGCUGAACAGCGACCCCCAGCAUGUGGUCGUCAUUCACUGCAGGGGCGGGAAAGGACGCAUAGGAGUGGUCAUAUCGUCCUACAUGCAUUUCACCAACGUCUCAGCCAGCGCUGACCAGGCCCUUGACAGGUUUGCAAUGAAGAAGUUUUAUGAUGACAAAGUUUCAGCUUUAAUGCAGCCUUCCCAGAAAUGGUAUGUUCAGUUCCUCAGUGGGCUCCUGUCCGGAUCGGUGAAAAUGAAUGCCUCCCCACUGUUCCUGCAUUUUGUCAUCCUCCAUGGCACCCCCAACUUUGACACAGGUGGAGUGUGCCGGCCCUUUCUGAAGCUCUACCAAGCCAUGCAGCCUGUGUACACCUCCGGGAUCUACAACGUUGGCCCAGAAAAUCCCAGCAGGAUCUGCAUCGUCAUCGAGCCGGCCCAGCUUCUGAAGGGAGAUGUCAUGGUGAAAUGCUACCACAAGAAAUACCGCUCGGCCACACGUGACGUCAUUUUCCGCCUGCAGUUUCACACUGGGGCUGUGCAGGGCUAUGGGCUGGUGUUUGGGAAGGAGGAUCUGGACAAUGCCAGCAAAGAUGACCGUUUUCCUGACUAUGGGAAGGUUGAAUUAGUCUUCUCUGCCACGCCUGAGAAGAUUCAAGGGUCCGAACACUUGUACAACGACCACGGCGUGAUUGUGGACUACAACACGGCAGACCCACUGAUACGCUGGGACUCGUACGAGAACCUCAGUGCAGAUGGAGAAGUGCUACACACGCAGGGCCCUGUCGAUGGCAGCCUUUAUGCGAAGGUGAGGAAAAAAAGCUCCUCGGAUCCUGGCAUCCCAGGUGGCCCCCAGGCCGUCCCGACCACCAACAGCCCAGACCACAGUGACCACACCUUGUCUGUCAGCAGUGACUCUGGCCACUCUACAGCCUCUGCCAGGACUGAUAAGACGGAAGAGCGCCUGGCUCCAGGAACCAGGAGGGGCCUGAGCGCCCAGGAGAAGGCCGAGUUGGACCAGCUGCUCAGUGGCUUUGGCCUGGAGGAUCCUGGAAGCUCCCUCAAGGAAAUGACUGAUGCUCGAAGCAAGUACAGUGGGACCCGCCACGUGGUGCCGGCCCAGGUUCAUGUGAAUGGAGAUGCUGCUCUGAAGGACCGGGAGACGGACAUUCUGGAUGACGAGAUGCCCCACCACGACCUGCACAGUGUGGACAGCCUUGGGACCCUGUCCUCCUCAGAAGGGCCGCAGUCGGCCCACCUGGGUCCCUUCACCUGCCACAAGAGCAGCCAGAACUCACUCCUAUCUGACGGUUUUGGCAGCAACGUUGGUGAAGAUCCGCAGGGCACCCUUGUUCCGGACCUGGGCCUUGGCAUGGAUGGCCCCUAUGAGCGGGAGCGGACUUUCGGGACUCGAGAACCCAAGCAGCCCCAGCCCCUGCUGAGAAAGCCCUCAGUGUCCUCCCAGAUGCAGGCCUACGGGCAGAGCAGCUACUCCACACAGACCUGGGUGCGCCAGCAGCAGAUGGUUGUAGCUCACCAGUACAGCUUCGCCCCCGAUGGGGAGGCCCGGCUGGUGAGCCGCGGCCCUGCAGACAAUCCGGGCCUCGUCCAGGCCCAGCCCAGAGUCCCACUCACCCCCACCCGAGGGACCAGCAGUAGGGUGGCUGUCCAGAGGGGUGUAGGCAGUGGGCCACACCCCUCUGACACACAGCAGCCCUCUCCCAGCAAAGCGUUCAAACCCAGGUUUCCAGGCGACCAGGUUGUGAAUGGAGCUGGCCCAGAGCUGAGCACAGGCCCCUCCCCAGGCUCUCCCACCCUGGACAUCGACCAGUCCAUCGAGCAGCUCAACAGGCUGAUCCUGGAGCUGGAUCCCACCUUCGAACCCAUCCCUACCCACAUGAAUGCCCUCAGUAGCCAGGCCAAUGGCUCUGUGUCUCCGGACAGCGUGGGAGGCGGGCUCCGGGCAAGCAGCAGGCUGCCUGACACGGGAGAGGGCCCCAACAGGACCCCUGGGCGGCAAGGCUCCUCACCUGAACAGCCCCUGGGCGGGAGACUCAGGAAGCUGAGCCUGGGGCAGUAUGACAACGACACUGGGGGGCAGCUGCCCUUCUCCAAAUGUGCAUGGGGAAAGGCUGGUGUGGACCAUGCCCCGAACCUGCCACCAUUCCCCUCACCAGCAGACGUCAAAGAGACCAUGACCCCUGGCUAUCCCCCAGACCUCGAUAUGAUCGAUGGCAGAAUUUUAAGUAGCAAGGAGUCCAUGUGUUCAACUCCAGCAUUUCCUGUGUCUCCAGGGACACCAUACGUGAAAACAGCCCCGCGCUAUCCUCCAUUCAGCCCACCUGAGCCCCCACUGAGCAGCCCGGCCAGUCAGCACAAAGGAGGACGUGAACCACGAGGCUGCCCUGAGACGCUCAGUCACUCUGUGGGGAUGUCAGAGAGCCCCAUCGGACCCAAAUCCAUGAUGCUCCGGGCCGACGCGCCCUCAACGCCCUCCUUCCAGCAGGCUUUUGCUUCUUCCUGCACCAUUUCCAGCAACAGCCCCGGGCAGAGGAGAGAGGGUUCCUCUUCUGCAGAACGCCAGUGGGUGGAGAGCAGCCCCAAGCCCACGGUCUCCCUGCUGGGGAGCGGCCGGCCCACCGGAAGUCCCCUCAGUGCUGAGUUAUCCGGUACCAGGAAGGACUCCCCAGUGCUGUCCUGCUUCCCGCCGUCAGAGCUCCAGGCUUCUUUCCACAGCCAUGAGCUGUCCCUAGCAGAGCCACCGGACUCCCUGGCGCCCCCCAGCAGCCAGACCUUCCUGGGCUUCGGCACCACCCCAGUGGGAAGUGGCCUUCCGCCCGAGGAGGACCUGGGGGCCUUGCUGGCCAAUUCUCACGGAGCGUCACCGACCCCCAGCAUCCCGCUGACAGCUACAGGGGCUGCUGACAAUGGCUUCCUGUCCCACAACUUUCUCACGGUGGCGCCUGGACACAGCAGCCACCACAGUCCAGGCCUGCAGGGCCAGGGUGUGACCCUGCCUGGGCAGCCGCCCCUCCCUGAGAAGAAGCGGGCCUCGGAGGGGGAUCGUUCUUUGGGCUCAGUCUCCCCUUCCUCCAGUGGCUUCUCCAGCCCGCACAGCGGGAGCACCAUCAGUAUCCCCUUCCCAAAUGUCCUUCCGGACUUUUCCAAGGCCUCAGAGGUGGCCUCACCUCUGCCAGAUAGUCCAGGUGAUAAACUUGUGAUUGUGAAAUUUGUUCAAGACACUUCCAAGUUCUGGUACAAGGCGGAUAUUUCAAGAGAACAAGCUAUCGCCAUGUUGAAGGAUAAGGAGCCAGGCUCAUUCAUCGUUCGAGACAGCCAUUCCUUCCGAGGGGCCUAUGGCCUGGCCAUGAAGGUGGCCACACCCCCACCUUCAGUCCUGCAGCUGAACAAGAAAGCUGGAGAUUUGGCCAAUGAACUCGUCAGGCACUUUUUGAUCGAGUGUACCCCGAAGGGAGUGCGGUUGAAAGGGUGCUCGAAUGAACCAUAUUUCGGGAGCCUGACAGCCUUGGUGUGCCAGCAUUCCAUCACGCCCUUGGCCUUGCCGUGCAAGCUCCUUAUCCCAGAGAGAGAUCCAUUGGAGGAAAUAGCAGAAAAUUCUCCCCAAACAGCAGCCAAUUCAGCAGCUGAGCUGUUGAAGCAGGGGGCAGCCUGCAAUGUGUGGUACUUGAACUCCGUGGAGAUGGAGUCCCUCACCGGCCACCAAGCGAUCCAGAAGGCCCUGAGCAUCACCCUGGUCCAGGAGCCACCCCCUGUGUCCACGGUUGUGCACUUCAAGGUGUCAGCCCAGGGCAUCACCCUGACAGACAAUCAGAGGAAGCUCUUCUUCCGGAGGCAUUACCCCGUGAACAGUGUGAUUUUCUGUGCCUUGGAUCCACAAGACAGGAAGUGGAUCAAAGAUGGCCCUUCCUCAAAAGUCUUUGGAUUUGUGGCCCGGAAGCAGGGCAGUGCCACGGAUAAUGUGUGCCACCUGUUUGCAGAGCAUGACCCUGAGCAGCCUGCCAGUGCCAUUGUCAACUUCGUAUCAAAGGUCAUGAUUGGCUCCCCAAAGAAGGUCUAAGAGCCCACCUCCCACCCUGGACCCACCGAUGCCUCUCAAAGCCCUGGAGACAGCUGUGGGGUGAGGGUGGGGCCCCCACUUUUUACCAAACCAGUAACCCUGACAUUUCAGGCCCAUGAGGGGAAAGAGGAUCUUCCAGCUCUACAAAAACAAGAACAAACAACAUCACCGUGAACUGACCUUUCCUGAAACUGACUUACCUGACACAUCUCUGUAGCCGUAUGUUUUUUGGGUAGAAGAAGCUGGGCAUGGGUGCACCCCACCCCCUAGGGUCCCCAUGGGAAAGGGACAUGCAAGGAAACAGCACAGAACACGAGGUGGUCCCCACAUCCCUGGCACACCAGCAUUCUGGGGGAUGAGGAAUCCCCAGCCCUUGAGGGAGAGGUGACAAGUGACUGCCAUGCUUCGCCCGUUGGCAUGGGCGCUCCUGUCCAGCUGCACCCGAGGCCAGGAGUUUCCCUCACCUUGGUCUUCCCAAGAUGGAGAUGCUAAUGAAACUGAGAAGGGGGCGUAUGUUUGAUGAAGGUUUGUGCAAGUCAAGCCCUUCUGGAGUACAGCGGGGCCUAAAACGAGGGGCCUUUGUGAUGGGCUGUGAGGAUGAGGGUGGUGGGAAGAAAUGGCCACAUUAGAGACCCCACCCCACCCCACCAUAGUGAGUGCUCCGUGCCUCCUACUCACCUGUGGCGAGCUGGGCGAGCUGGGCUGGGGAGAGCCUGUGAGGACCCUGAGAGGAGAAAUGAGAAGAAGGAACAAAGAUAUUUCUGUGUAAUUUAUAUUUUACUUAUGCCAAAUUAUUUAUGAUAAUUUGCCAUUGCUAUACUGUACCAGUGUCGAAUGCUGCAGCCUGCCAAGCUGUGAUUUUGCGAGGCUUGUCCCCACGUAGGAUGCACCACAGACCCCUGGCCACUGAAAGUGUGUGCGGUGGACUGUGGGUCUCCCAUGUGCAGUGCCGCCCAAAGGUGGCUUUGCCUCAAGCAGCCUACCCUGAUGUUUUACUCAUUGGAAUGUUUUUCCGCGGUUGUGGAUGACUUCCUUUCUGAUGGAGAGUCCAGGAGGGAUGGGAAACACCUGGUUUUAAACUCAGCAUCCCCCGCACGGGCUUUUCAAUGAUCUUCAGGCCGGACACUGCACGACCUGAAGUUCCCCUGCAUUUAUCAGCCUUCUUCGUGCUCCUCCUUGCCACCCUGGGGUUCUUGCUGGGGACCCUGUGUGGUUGUGGCAUGUGUGAGCAGAACGGAGGAUGAGGAGAAAGAGAAGAAACCUCGGUACUGAUAAGCUAUUUUUGAGUGCCACUGUUUGCCAUCAUCUAAGCCACUGAAUCAAGUGUAUUUCAGGCUUAUUUCAACAUUCCAGCCCUGGUUUUCUUGCUUGAACCUGUCCGUGGUCAAAGGUUUGGGGGAAUUUGUGACCCUGGAACAUCCCCAGAGUGAGAGAUGGGGCUGGGCCACAUCGGAAUAAGGCCUCAGCCCCGUCCUCUCGCAGCGCAGGUGCUCUGCAGGCACGCUGACUGUCCUGAUUGCGAUCCAGCCAGAAAUUCCCUCUGCUUUCAAAAGUCAAGUCCCCAGUCUUAGGCCACACUGGUGUCACAGGCUCCUGUCAGGGAGCUGGGGUUUGGAAGUGUGCUUUGUGAACUCUGCUUUAAAGUGAGGGGCCGAGGAAAACUUAGCAACAGGCAGAGCUGGAAGCAGCCAAAUCACAGUGGAUGUUGUGUGUGCGUGUGUACGUGCGUGUGUGUGUGUGCGUGUGUGAAAGCAGGUGGACCAUUCCACUUUUUAGCUCCUAUUGAUGCACCAAACCAAGUGCCUCAUUUCUGUGCCAAAUGUUUGCCUUGGUCAUUGUGGACCUCCUUCUCUAACGUGCGGUGGCAUGACUGUCAGGAGGUGCUGUCAUUUUCAGCAGAUCCUCUUGUUGACCCCUAUGUCUUUGGCAGAGGCUUCUAGCAUCUCGGUUUUUCAUCCACUGCAGGAAUGUGGCCACGGGGAGCAGAGGUGUGUACUUUUCCCAAGAGGUCCUCAUCCUGAGAUGGUCCCUACCCAUGUUUAACCCAAAGAGUGCAGGCCAGGUCGCUUAUCCUUCUGAUGAAGGAUGAGAGAGCUCAUUUAGAAAUCAGAGCAAACGAGGGUCUCAGUAUUGAGAAACAGCCUGCCAGGGAAUCACAGAGAUAUUGGGGUGCCCGCGAUGGCCCCUGUGAAGCCAUGCUUUGACGGCAUUCAGGAAGCCAUGCAAACAUGCUUUUUGAACUCAUUGGCCAGGUGUGAUUUUUACACAAGGUAAACGUGGUCAAGGGCAUCAGGGAAUUUGCUCCAAGCAGAUAGCUCCUUCUGAGGAACCAAAGGCAGCAAGUUUCCACGAUUUCUGAAGAGCUGGUAUAGGAAGUUUAUUUCUUCCUUUUGUGUUACAUGUGCAUUAAACAGAACAAGCUGUGUGUCAUCACAGAUUGUACUGUGGGCUCGGAAACCGUGAGAGAGCCCCCACCGUGGACACCGGAUCUAGGGCCACAGGAAAAGCAACACUUCCAGGCAUUUUGCCUCCAGGGCUCCCGCUGGACAGGCGCAUACUGCCCUGGGGAGCAAAUGUGGAGAGUUCACGAACUCAUGUGCCCAACGCAUAUUAUAGCCAGGGUCCUACUAACUACUCAGUAAAAAAACGUAUUGUUGUAUUCCUCCAGUGUUAAGCUAUAGCCAUGUUAAAAGUCACCGUGCAUUUAUCCUCAGCAUCAAAUACUUUGUAACGUCGUCUUCUCUGCCUUACUUGUUAGUGCAUAUUUUUACUUUCCUGAUACUGUAAAGAAUAUAUCCAGUAUGUAAAUGAAUGUUCUAUAAAUCCUUUGUAUAGUCAUUUUCUCUGCUCUUUAAAUAUCAUCUCUAUUCAGAGUAUAAUAAAAUUAUGAACUUGGUAA